CGAUGCCCCCCGCCCCCCGCAUCCCCCGACAACGACUAGAGCAUGGAGAAGUCGAGUAGUGAGGACUCUUCGAUUCAUCGGAGUCCAUCUUUGGACAGCAAGGACUCGGACUUCGCCAAGCCAUCCACUUCGGGCCACCCGUUCGGCCGUGGCUUCACUGCUGGCGCCUUCUACGGCACCACGGGCUCCCGGGGCCAGAGUCGCGCCGAAGCCGGUGUGAAAACCGACAAGUACAAUGCACCCAAAGGCAGCAAGUACGUGGUGUUUUACCUGGACCUGUCCUUUGUGUUCCUUCUAGAAUUUAAGAAGUGCAACAUGGCCAGGGGCUGCCUCUGCUGCUUGAAGUACAUGAUGUUCCUCUUCAAUUUAAUAUUCUGGGAGAGACUUGCCCUACUCUUGGAAGGAUGGCAGAGUUUGUCACCACCUUCUCCCCCAUUUAGCAAACCAGGAAGUGCCUCGGCCUGGGCAGCCUGCAGCAAUAGUGUGGGGUCAGGAUCUGUAACAGCUGUGAACCUGCGCUGGCCGAGGACGCAUCUCUGCGGCUGUGGGCUGCUUGGAGUGGGCAUCUGGCUCUCUGUGUCCCAGGGCAACUUUGCCACCUUCUCCCCAAGCUUCCCCUCACUCUCUGCGGCCAACCUCGUCAUCGCCAUUGGCACCAUCAUUAUGGUGACAGGCUUCCUCGGUUGCCUAGGGGCCAUCAAAGAAAACAAGUGCCUCCUGCUCAGUUUUUUCAUUGUCCUGUUGAUCAUCCUCCUGGCAGAGCUGAUCUUACUCAUCCUCUUCUUCGUCUACAUGGACAAGGUGAAUGAGAAUGCCAAGCAGGACCUGAAGGAAGGGCUGCUUCUCUACAACACCGAGAACAAUGUGGGGCUCAAGAACGCCUGGAACAUUAUCCAGGCCGAGAUGCGAUGCUGUGGGGUCACUGACUACACAGACUGGUACCCGGUGCUGGGGGAGAACACAGUGCCUGACCGCUGCUGCAUGGAGAACUCCCAGGGCUGCGGGCGGAACAGCACCACCCCCGUGUGGAGAACGGGCUGCUACGAGAAGGUGAAGAUGUGGUUUGACGAAAACAAGCAUGUGCUCGGCACAGUGGGGAUGUGCAUCCUCAUCAUGCAGAUCCUGGGCAUGGCCUUCUCCAUGACCCUGUUCCAGCACAUCCACCGGACGGGGAAGAAGUACGAUGCGUGAGCAGGCUGGCAGAGGCGCAGCCUGCCGGACGCUGGAGGGAAAAGGGGCUGAGCUUCGUGUCUCCUGCCUGCACCCCCUGCCCUCCUACCAGCUGCCCUGGCGAGGACUUCUCAGAGGCAAAGGGCCAGGGAGGAGGCACACACAGAGACUUCAGGGCGCUGGGCACCAGAUUCCUGCAUCUGCAAAUUUGCCAAAGACGACGGGGUGGGUUGGGUGUUGAGGAGGCCUGGCACUGAUGGCUCUCUGCUCCUGCCCUUCUUCAUGCUGAUGUAUUGUCCCUGAGGGGGUAGGGAAUGGGGUGCUCCCUGGGACAGCACUGUCCCCCACACAGGCAACGCCAUCUGUGUCUACCCCUGCCAAGCAAGGCCCUGAGCAUCGUGCCCAGGCUUUUUAUACCUGAUGGUGUAACUUUUUUAUUUUACCCUGAUUUUGAUUAUUCAGGAAUAUUAUCUCUCAGAUAAGUUUAGGGUUAGCUUCCUGAUUUAUAACUUUUUACUCUGUUGAUUUCCUUCAUGGUUUGAGUUUCCCUUCCUGUGGUUGGGGCUAGGUGGGGCGAGGAUGUUGCCCAUCCAUUUUGCUUCAGGACACACCCCGUGUGACUUGAGCAGCUGCAGAGUGAGAUGUGCCAGGCCUUCUCCUGGAGCACACUGAGGAGGGGCAGGUGCAUCUGAGACAGGCCCAUGGGCCAGCACUCACGGACAGUGGGGGGAAGCAUGUGAGGCAGUGUGGCAGGGCACCCUGAAUGAAGGUGGGGGCAGGGGGCUGCUGAUGCUUUGCCAGGAACUUGGCUGGAGCUGGCAGGGUCCUUACCCUUUCAUCUGACGAGCAGUGUGUGGUGUUUCUUCCUGCUGCCACUCCCUCCUCCUGGGUGCUGUGACUUCCAUGAGCCCUGUGACUUCCAGACAUUCCUGCUGUAGGCUCUCAGACGGACACCUCCAGUUCCGGCCUGGGUCCGUCCUCACCUUGCAGUGGGACAGGAAAGCAGUCCUCACAUCUGACUGCUUGGAUGAUAGCAGAGGACCUGGGAGCCUUAGGAGGGGAGGUGGAACUGGCCACGUUCAUGGGGCUGCUGACUGCCCUACUGUAUCUCCUUCCCGAUGCCCACUGCUGUCAGCAGAGGUCUGGGUGGCUAUCACAUCCUGUGAGAUCCCACAGAGUAAGAACACCUCCCAGGCCGGGCUGGGUGUUUCUGGGGAGGAAGUAGUAUGGGCAAGAACAGUGGGUGAUGUUGAGAGGUGGUUCAGAGGCAGCAGGAUACAGAUCAGGAUCGGUGGGGCUGAGCUUGGAAAUGCUGCCAUCACCAGGCGGGGAUUGGGUCUUCACUGGGCCUUGGGCCUUUGGGCCUUUGCCUACCGGAACAAGUCUGCUCCAGCCUUCCCUGCCUGCCUUUACCUGGGGCUGAGACUGCCACCCCACCAACUACCCUGAAGUCCUCCUCCAUGCUUAAGUAACACACAGGUUGGGAACAGGGUGAUUUAGGGCCCGGUGUUGGUGUGGAGAGUUGAAGAGAUGGAUGGUCUCAGCAGGAAUGUGGCAUGGAUAGGCAUGCUGGGAAGGCAGAAUUGGGCAAGUGCACAUUUGAACAGUUGCCUUUCCCUGUAUUCCUCUGGUGCUUUCCUGGUGAUGAGCAAUAAGAGCUGCCUCCCUCGGCAGCCUCCCAGAUUGAGGGCAGGGCAGACAUUCGGCAGACAAGUGUUGGUGUGGCACGGGGGACCUGGUGUGUGAUGUUUUUGCUGUGGGUAGGUUUGUUUAUACCUAUCAAUGCAAUUUCAGUUUCUGUUAUAGCAGAAGCAUUGAGACAGAUAGUCUCCCUGACAUCCUAGGUUUCUGGAGCCUUUGCCACAGCCACCCUCUUCCCUGCCUCAUCCAUCUGCCCAGACCCUCGUCUGCAGGCACCUUUGGGCCCCGCUGAGUAUAGCUACUGAGUUGUUUGGCCUGCAGUUUCCAUGCACAGAGUGGGUGUUCUCCUGAGUCCUUGCCCGUCCCAGGCUGCCUGGAAGGCCACGGGGAGUGGCACCACAGGAGCGGCUCCAUGUCUUUUCACUGGGGGAUUCCAGAGUGACACCCUCCGUCUCAGCUCCCCUAGCCAAGGUCACUCAGUUCCGCUCCAUCAGGGCUGAUGCAAGCAGGUGACAGACUUGACUUCAGAUAUGUGGGUGACUUCCGGGCGGUGCCUGAUACAGACUCAACCUUUCUCUGCAGCAUCUGGUGGAGGGGUCAGGCAGUGGGGCUAAGGACUGCCCUGGGGUGGCGAGCAGUAGGUGGCAGUCACCUGUCACCCAGCCAGCAUGGGCCUGCACUUGGGCCCUCACCCUGGAAAGGCUGCUGACUGCCUCCUAGGCUCCUUGCACAUGUCUGGCAAUGUGGAGCCAGGUGGCCAUGCCUCUGGGCUGUGGUAGCCACAGAGCAGCCCAGGUGACUGGAAGUGACUAUCCCCUGUUUUCCCACCAUGCUCACCCUCUGAUGGAGGUGCUAAUUAGCUGGGACACAGCACAGUAUGGGAGCCAGGUGCAGGCUGCCUGGGGCUCAUUCUUGGCCCCUUAGCCCUGCAGUGUUGGGCAGCUCCUUGGUGUUCCCAGUCCCUCAUCUUCCCCUCUGCUCCAUUGAGGCCACAGUUGGGGGUAUGUUCUGCCCCUGCUCCACCCCAUCCCGGGCAGAGUGAGGGAGCUGGGAGCGCACACUUCUUGGUUUCUGAUGCACUUUUCUGCUUGUGCCGCCUGUCUGUACAUCUCCUCAUCCCAGUCCUGGCUUUGUUGAACGCCAUGUUUUUAGCAUGUUUUUAAAUAAAACCGGAUAAUGUGUCAG